GAGGCUGGAGCGCACAGAGCGCGUGAAGGGGCGGGGCCGCGGCGGACCCGGAAGCCGGCGAAAACGCAGGGGCGAGGGGGUCGCAAUGGCACCUCCUCAGCAGGCGCGGGUCCUUCGUUGCUGCUGUUGCAGCCUUUUCCAGGCUCACCAGGUGAAAAAGAGUCUCAAGUGGACAUGCAAGGCUUGUGGAAAGAAGCAAUCAUUUUUGCAGGCUUACGGUGAGGGCUCUGGUGCUGACUGUAGACGCCAUGUCCAAAAAUUAAACCUGCUGCAGGGACAGAUUUCGGACAUGUCACUCAGGAACAGAUGGUCCCUCUGCCUUCUGAACUGCUGGAGGAUGUCCAAGUCACAUGGAAACAAUAGAGAUAAGUUCAAUCAGUCUCUGGGAGAAUCCAUACGUGCCAACGAGGAAGAAAACGUGGGUCCUUGGCAGGAUGCCCCUGAAAGUCCACAGGAAAAACUCCAGCCCUCAAAGAACCGCUGGCUGAAGUAUCUGGAAAGGGACUCCAAAGAACUGGGGCUGAAAGGAGGAGGAGUGUGUUUCAAUGGUCAGCCUUCAUCCGAGACAGAAAAGCCAGACCCUCCGUUCAGCACAGGCCUGCCUAGGAAAAGGAAAUGGAACCAGAGCACAGUCCAGCCUCUAUGUGGCCCUCAUGUCCAGGACUCCAGAAACUGUGAGGUCACCUUGAAGUCCUUGAAGGCCCAUUCUCUUCAUUCUACAUGGAGUGCCAGGUCUUCGCCAGACUGUUCAACUUGGGACCUGCCCUGCAUUUCUGAGGAACUGCCACCUUCAUUUACCCAGGAUCAUGCUGGCCUGGCAGGGAAGGGCAGAGAGAGCAGUCGUGAGGACCUGGACACCACGGAGCUUGUUCCCCGGGGGGAACCACCAUGUCCUGCCCAGCAGGUCAGGACCAUGUCUAAGUGGGAACAAUGUCUUGGAAACAGCUUACAUUUGGACACAGAGCCCCUCACCCCUCUGCAGAGAGGCCUCAAGCCAAUCCAGGCAGCACAGGCUGAGCAGGGGGCCCCCAAGGCCCAGACUCCAAGGGAAGGAGGCCUCUGCAAGCUCCCUGGUGCACGCCAGUCUCCUCAGACCACACACACUCCCAUGUCUGGGCCCAAGUGGCUCUGGGGGAGGAUCCCUGAGCAGUCACAGGGCGCAGGCCCCUGGGCAGAGGGUGCGCCCUUGGUCAAAGGGAUGCAGGCACGUUCUUCACUCAUGCGUCUAUGUGACCUUUUUAAAACUGGAGAGGACUUUGAUGACGAUCUGUGAGUUGAAACUAGUAUGUUAUUCACGUAGACAUAUUUGUCACAUGAACCCUUCAAUUUAGUGACCUCUGUGCCACUGGAAACAGGGUUCCCCAGGUUGCUUUCAAAUAGUAGGACUAAGGAUGACUUAUGGGAACUACAAGAAGCGACGAUAAAUAUGACCAUCAAACAGAUUACCUCUUGUACCAUCUUUGAUUAAAGUGCUUAUACCUUUAAUUAAAAUUGUUUACAAAUAGAA